AUGUAUCUUGGAAAUAAUCCACUUGCUGGUUCCAUACCAUCAACAAUCUUCAACAACUCAAUGCUGCAAGAUAUUGAACUUGGCUCGAGUAAUUUAUCUGGCAGUCUUCCAUCAAAUCUAUGCCGUGAACUUCCAAAAAUCCAAGUACUUUAUCUAAGUUUCAACCAGUUAUCAGGUAAAAUGCCAUCUGUUUGGCAUCAUUGCAAAGAAUUGACAGAUGUAGACUUAUCAAAUAAUAGGUUCAGCAGAGGAAGCAUACCUGCUGAUAUUGGAAACUUAACUACGCUUGGCUCCUUAUAUCUUCAUGAGGACAACUUGGAAGGAGAAAUUCCAUCAUCUCUUUUUAACAUAUCUUCACUGAGAGUACUCAGCCUUCAAGAAAAUAAGUUGAACGGUAGCCUAACAGAAGAGAUGUUUCAUCAGCUUCCUUUACUAGAGGUCUUUUCUUUGGCUGAUAAUCAAUUUGUGGGAAGCAUUCCAAAAUCUAUUAGCAAUUGUACGAUGCUUCAAGAACUAUAUUUGAGUGACAACUCUUUCGCAGGUUCUAUACCCGAGGAGAUUGGUGAUCUUCCUAUACUUGGGACUCUAAGUUUGGGAAAUAACCAAUUAAGUGGAUCUAUUCCCUCGAGUAUCUUUAACAUGUCAUCACUGAGUUACAUGUCUCUGGCAAAUAAUUCCCUCUCAGGAUUUCUUCCAUUGCAUAUCAACCUAGAAGACUUGGAAGAACUAAACUUGUCUGAAAACCAACUUGGUGGAAAAAUUCCAAGCAGCAUCUCCAAUGCGUCUAAGCUUAAUUAUGUGGAUUUGAGUGUGAAUAAGUUCAAUGGAGUUAUCCCAAAUGCUCUUGGGAAUUUGGGAGACCUUCAGUGGCUUGAAGUAGCAUACAAUAAUUUAACUACUGAUGCUUCCACUAUUGAAUUAAGCUUCCUUAGUUCUUUGAAUUUUCUUCAAAUAUCAGGGAAUCCAAUGCAUGGAAACCUUCACAAAUCAAUUGGAAAUAUGUCCAAUUUGGAACAGUUCAUUGCAGAUGCUUGCAGCAUUGAUGGUAAAAUCCCAUUGGAAAUUGGAAAUUUAAGCAACCUGUUUAUACUAAGUUUGUACCAGAAUGAUUUAAGUGGACCAAUUCCAACAACAAUCAAGGGUUUGCAUUCUCUUCAAUAUUUGAGUCUUGGAAACAACCAACUACAGGGAACCAUCAUUGAUGAACUUUGUGUAAUCAACCGGCUGAGUGAGUUGUAUAUAACUGAAAAUAAGCUAAUUUCUGGUGUGAUCCCAGCAUGCUUUGGUAAUCUUACUUCUCUAAGAAAGCUUUACUUGAACUCUAACAAACUGAAUCAUGUGCCCUCGUCCCUUUGGAGUCUCAAAGACAUUCUAGAGGUGAAUUUAUCCGACAAUGCUUUAACUGCAUUUCUUCCACUUGAUAUUGGGAACUUAAAGGCUGUUAUAUUGUUGGAUAUAUCAAAGAAUCAGAUUUCAGGAAGCAUUCCUACUGCCAUUGCUGGAUUGCAAAAUUUGCAAACACUCAACUUGGCACAUAAUAAAUUGCAAGGGAACAUUCCUGAUUCAGUUGGCAGUUUGAUAAGUUUGAUAUCCUUGGACUUAUCCCAAAACUAUUUGUUUGGCAUGAUUCCAAAAUCCUUGGAGUCACUUCAUGAUCUCAAGUUUAUAAAUCUUUCUUAUAAUAGGUUAGAAGGUGAGAUUCCCAACGGUGGACCUUUUACAACUUUCACAGCUCAAUCUUUCAUAUUUAAUAAAGCACUUUGUGGAAAUGCACAACUACAAGUCCCACCAUGCAGGAAAAUGAAGAGGAAAAGGUCAAAUGCAAAUCUGUUUUUCAUCAAAUGCAUAUUGCCUAUAAUGUUGUCAACCAUUUUGGUUGUUUUAUUUGUGUUCCUUCUAAUUAGGCGUCAAAGAAAGAAUGAUGGUGAUCCUUCUGAAGUAAGUUCAUCAAUUUUACCAGCAACAAGAAUGAUUUCCUAUAAUGAACUUUCACAAGCAACCAAUGGAUUUGAUGAGUGUAAUUUACUUGGUAAGGGAAGCUUUGGUUCAGUGUUCAAAGGUAUACUUCCAAAUGGGAUGGUUGUUGCAGUCAAAUUAUUUAAUCUGGACUUGGAAUUAGAAUCAAAGAGCUUUCAUGCAGAAUGUGAAGCAAUGCGCAAUCUGCGUCAUCGAAAUCUCAUCAAGAUCAUCACUAGUUGUUCAAAUUUUGAUUACAAGCUUUUAGUAAUGGAAUUCAUUCCCAAUGGGAGCCUUGAAAGAUGGUUGUAUUCUCAUAACUAUUGUUUAGGCUUCUUGCAAAGGCUAAAUAUAAUGAUAGAUGUGGCAUCUGCAUUGGAUUAUCUGCAUCAUGGUUCUUCGCCAACUGUGGUUCAUUGUGAUGUAAAGCCUAGUAAUGUCUUAUUGGAUGAAAACAUGGUUGCCCAUGUUAGUGACUUUGGUAUUGCCAAACUCCUAGAUGAAGGACAAUCUAAAGAAUAUACCAACACCAUGGCUACAAUCGGCUACAUUGCACCAGAGUAUGGAUCCAAGGGGACUAUCUCUACUAAAGGAGAUGUAUAUAGUUUUGGGAUUAUGUUGAUGGAAACAUUCACAAGAAAGAAGCCAACAGAUGAGUUGUUUGUUGCUGGUUUGAGCAUGAAAGGAUGGAUUAGUGAAUCAUCACCCCAUGCAAUUACCCAAUUUGUGGAUUCCAAUUUGUUACAGGAUGAACGUAUUGAUGAUAUAACAGCAUCUGUAUCAUCUAUUUUUAGAAUGGCCUUGAAUUGUUGUGCAGAUUUACCUGAAGAACGAAUGAAUAUGACAGAUGUUGCUGCAUCAUUAAACAAAAUCAAGUUCAUGUUUCUGAAAAUUAAUGACUAG